AUGGGUCGCUUGGAGGGAAAAGUCGCCAUCAUCACCGGUGCAGGAUCCGGGUUCGGCGAGGCCAUUGCCCAUGGCUUUGUGCAAGAGGGCGCCAAGGUUCUCGUUGCUGAUAUUGCUGUCGCCAGCGGUCAGCGGGUGGUGGAGGAAAUCGCCAACAAGAAAUAUCCCGGGAAUGGGGAGGCAGUCUUUCUCGAUUUCAACGUGACGAAGCGAAGCGACUGGGAACGAGGCCUUGAAUUAGCUAAAUCAAAAUUCGGCAAGCUCGAUAUUGUGGUGAACAAUGCGGGAACGACCUACAGGAAGCAGCCGUCCCUGGAAGUGUCUGAGGCCGACUUUGACAAGAUCAUCGCCGUCAACAUCAAGAGCGUCUAUCUCAGCGUCUCGGUCAUCAUGCCUUACUUUGUCUCGCUGAAAUCCGGAGUCUUUCUGGGCACUUCGUCCGUGGCCGGUACGAGAGUGAGACCUGGCCAGGUCUUCUACGGUGGGACUAAAGGCUUUAUGAACACGGUUACUCAGGGUCUAGCGGCCGAGUAUGGACCGGAUGGAAUCCGCGUCAACUCCAUCUGCCCUCUGAGAGGAGCUACCGGGCUGCUUGAGAUGUUCAGUGGUGUGCCCGACACGCCUGAAGAGCGGGCCAAGUUCGCACUCAGCGUUCCGUUGCGCCGAAUGUCCGAGCCCAACGACAUCAAGAACGCCGCCAUCUACCUGGCAAGUGAUGAGGCAGCGUUCGUGAGCGGUGUCAAUCUGCCAGUAGACGGCGGCCGUCUGGCUGUGUAA